AUGAAAAUUGUCACAGACCAGAUACAAAAGUACAAACUACCAGUUGUAGCACUACAAGAAGUACGAUGGCCCGGCAGUGGCAGUGUAAAAUCUGAAAAUUACACCAUUUUUUACAGUGGAUCGACUGAUGGUAGACAUGAACGCGGAGUGGGUUCCAUGGUUAAUGACAUAGUACUACCACACGUAAAAGGCUUUACACCAGUCAGCGAUCGCCUGUGCGUUUUAAAAUUGGAAGAGAAUUUUUGGGAUAUCAUAGUAGUAAACUGUUAUGCCCCAACUGAAGAAGGUAACAACGACAUCAAAAAUGAAUUCUACGAAGAGCUGGAAAGAAUAUAUGACAUCCAACCCAGAAAUUGCAUGAAAAUACUAGUAGGGGAUUUCAACGCCCAAAUCGGAAGGGAGCCUUUAUACAGAUCGAUUAUAGGGAUAGAAAGCUUGCAUUUAAUAUCAAAUAAUAAUGGUAUGAGGGUUAUAAAUUUUGCAUCAUCGAAAGACCUGGUAGUAAGCAGCACUUUUUUUCCCGAGAAAGGAUAUUUUUAA